GAUUGUACCGUAAAAAUCUUCAUCUGAAUGGAGAAAACUUAGCUGAAGCUACAUGAUAGUAUUAUAUAAGCUUGGAGCAUAUGCUGGGCUUUGUCUCUGGAAUUCUGGAUUGAAGCUUGAAGACACAAGAGCACUGUUUCAGAAAGCAGAGCCCAAAACCAAAACAAUGGGCCUAAAGUAAAACAAGAGACUAAACUGAAUUUUCAGUGAAGAGAAGCAGAGCGUUUAUACUUAAUUUGGCGAUCGAAAUCAUGCUACACAGACGGUGAAAAGAAAUCCUAAAUAAACAAGCAUAUACACACAACGAAAUGGAUCGAGCAUGCAUGAACGGCAACGAAAACGAUUAAUUCCAAGCGGAAGACGCCAUGAGCAGCCGCAUAUCCCUCCUGCAUAUUCCUUGGUGACGGAAACCCCAAUCACAAUGUUGCAAUUAUAAUUACGUGCAUUGCAUUGCCGCACUAAUAAUCCAUGGCGCCGCCUAAUGACGCCGGAGAUGGCGACGACGACAAGCCCGAGAUGCCGGUGGUGCUCAUCACCGGCUGCGCCAACGGCGGCAUCGGCUACGAGUACUGCAAGGCCUUCGCCUCCCUCGGCUGCCGCGUCGUCGCCACCGACGUCCCCGACCGCGUGCCCGACCUCGCCGGCCUCGACGCCGACCACCUCCCGCUCGACGUCACCUCCGACGAGAGCGUCGAGGGCGCCGUGGCGCGCGUCCUCGCCGAGCACGGGCGCGUCGACGUGCUGGUGAACAACGCCGGCAUCGGGUGCACCGGCCCGCUCGCCGAGCUCCGCGGCGAGGCCGUGCGUCGCGCCAUGGACGUCAACUUCCUCGGCCAGCUCCGGAUGGUGCGCGCCGUGGCGCCGCACAUGGCGUCGCGGCGUUCCGGGCGCGUGGUGAACGUGGGCAGCGUGGUGGGCACGGCGGCGACGCCGUGGGCCGGCCCCUACUGCGCGUCGAAGGCGGCGGUGCACGCGGCGACGGACGCGCUGCGGGUGGAGCUGCGGCCGUUCGGCGUGCACGUGGUGAAGGUGGUGCCCGCCGCGGCGAGGUCCGGGCUGGGCCACGCCAACACGGCGCAGCUCGCCGGAGGGCAGGCGGAGUGGCGGCUGUACCGGGAGUUCGCGGCGGCGAUCGCGGAGAGGGCGCGGGCGUCGCAGGCGGGGGGCGCGACGGACGGCGGCGUGUUCGCGGCGCACGUGGCUCGGCGGGUGAUGAGCGCGCGGCCGCCGCGGGAGAUCGUGUACGGGAACAUGACGUUGCUGUUCGCGGCGCUGGCGGCGGCGCCGCUGUGGGCGCGCGACGCCUUCUUCGCCAAGCGCUUCGGCCUCGACAAGAUGCUACCACCGCGCUAGAGAAGAAGAAGAAGCCAUCAUGACUGGUGUAUUCAACUUGCGUAGUGGGCUGGGCUCACUGGGCCUUUUAUUUUAUGCCAACAUAUCUAGGAAUAAGUUCAUGUUAUGUUACUCAUCUUGAUACCGAGUUCGAAUUAUAUCUUAAAUCGCAAAAUAUCAUAAAUAUUAAACCCCGGUCCUCAUCUUUUUAAACUAGGUGAAACCCCGCGCGUUGCGGCGGGCACAUUAGAAAAGAUGAAAUAUGCAUGUAAGAAUGAACAAUUAGAUUGUAUUAUUUGAAUCUGAAAACAAAUUGAUAGGUAAAAUAGGCACUGAAGUAAGAAAUACUUGAAAUGAUAUCAAGCUCAUAAGCUAACAAUGUGGAGCUUUGUUUUACUGCUUGCAACACAUAAUGACUUAUA